AUGUCUUCCACCCUCGCCUCCCAACACCGCAAAGCCCUCAUCGGCUCCCCAUCAAACUUCUGGCUCCACCACACCAGCCAUGGCUUCGACCUCACGCACCCCUCCUCCCCCACAGCAUCUACCCUGGAGCCCAAGGUCACCAUACAAACCACAACCUCCCCCAUAACAAUCAGCCCCUCUAAGUCUGCCCUCGUCAUCAUCGACAUGCAAAAUUUCUUCCUCUCCGAGUCCUUCGGACGCAACCGAGGUCCAGGACACGCGGCCUGUGAGCAACUCAUCAAGCACGCUAUCCCCGCUGCGCGCAAAGCUGGCAUGAGGACUAUCUGGCUGAACUGGGGGCUUACGGAGAAAGAUGUAAAGGAGAUGCCGCCGGCGGUGAAGAGGGCGUUUGGGUUUUUCUCUAUCCCGGCAGAAGAGGAGUUUGCGGAGGACUUCAGCGCAGGCGAGAACAGCGUGAGCGUGGACAAGUUUGGGGAUAAUGGGGCUAUGUAUCGAGGUUUGGGAGCUGAAUGCGGAACCGUGGAGCUGGAUGACGGGAAGAAGGUAGACGCAGGACGUCUGCUUAUGCGGGAUACGUGGAACGCGGCACUCUAUCCACCGCUGGCCUCUAUCUACGAGGAGGGCACGAAGCUCCCGCACAACCCAGAUGUCUGGAUCCAUAAGAACCGAAUGAGCGGGAUGUGGGGCUCAAAGACCGACUGCGAAGAGUUCCUCGAGAAAGAGGGAAUCAAGACGCUCUUCUUUACGGGCGUGAACACAGACCAGUGCGUUGGAGGGUCGUUCACGGACUCGUUCAGUAAGGGAUAUGAUUGCAUUUUGCUGAGCGAUGGAUGCGGGACAACGAGUCCGGAGUUCGCGCAGCAAUGCUUUGAGUUUAAUGCUGCGAAAACGUUUGGAUUCUGUACCACUUGUGGAGAGUUUGCGAAGGGUGUCGAGAGUAUGAAGAAGUAA